UUCAAGCCUAGCUGCUUAUUGCAUUCUUAAUUACUACCAUCAGAAAAAAAGAAAAAAAAAAUCUUUUUGAAGUAGCCUAGUGUUCUAAGCUCAAACCUUAAUUUGUAGUACCAAAAAAUCUUUCUUUCUUGUAAACCCAUAACUUUAAUUAAUAAUUUUGAUUAUUAUUGUACGUGUUCUAACUUAAUUCUAAGCUUAUUCAAUUCCAAUCUAUCCUGCAAAAAAAAAAAAAAAUAAAAAUCUUUAUUUGUUGCAAGCCCAUAACUAUGUUUAUAGUGUUCUAAGAUCAAAGCAACAAUCUUUUUUGAAGCCUUGCAAUCUUUAGCUAGGGCGGAAAAAUCGAUCAAAACUUUAACAAGCUAAGAAAACUUAAAGUUGUAGUAGCAGCUAGCUUGUAGGAAAAGAAAAUGGUUACAAAGAAACCAAGAAUAGUGAUAAUAGGGGCAGGAAUGGCAGGAUUAACGGCUGCAAACAAGCUCUACAAAUCUGGAGUGAAAAAAGGGGCUUUCGAGCUAUGUAUUGUAGAAGGUGGGAACAGAAUUGGUGGCAGGAUAAAGAGUUGUGAGUUUGGUGGAGACAGAAUAGAGAUGGGAGCCACUUGGAUCCAUGGAAUUGGAGGAAGCCCGGUUUACAAGAUUGCCCAAGAAAUAAAUUCUUUGGAAUCAGAACAACCAUGGGAAUGCAUGGAUGGAUUCCUUGAUGAUCCAAUCACCAUUGCUGAGAAUGGGUAUGUCUUGAAUCCAUCUCUUGUUGAUCCAAUUUCCAAUCUUUUUAACAAUCUCAUGGACUUUGCUCAAGGUAAAAACAAAUCGAUAGUAGAUGAUAGUAUCAUUAAGAAUGGGAAAGAAAUAUUAAGUGUUGGAUCUUUCCUUAAGAAAGGGCUUGAAUCUUAUUGGAGUUCAAGUACUCAUAAUAAUGAGGAGGAGAGUGGGGAAUGGAAGAGGAAGUCAUUAGAAGAAUCAAUAUUUGCAAUGCAUGAAAAUAUACAGAGGACUUAUACAGCUGCUAAUGAUUUGCAUAACCUUGAUUACCUGGCAGAAAGUGAGUAUGUUAUGUUUCCUGGUGAAGAAAUCACUAUAGCUAGAGGUUACUCAAGUAUUAUAGAAUCAUUAGCAUCUGUGUUACCAUUAGGCCUAAUUCAAUUAGGCAAGAAAGUGACUAGUAUUGAGUGGCAGCCAGCAGCUGAAUCAUGUGUAAUGGGGAAUAAGCAAUAUGGUGGUGGUGGUGGUGGUUCCUGCAGACCGGUAAAGAUUCAUUUUCUAGAUGGCACAAGUAUUUCAGCAGAUCAUGUUAUUGUCACGGUUUCAUUAGGAGUUCUCAAGGCAGGGAUUUCUAGUAAUAAUAUUAAUGAUUCGGGCGUGUUCAAGUUUAGUCCACCACUUCCUAAUUACAAGAUUGAAGCGAUUUCAAGACUAGGCUAUGGUGUUGUAAACAAGCUUUUCAUGAAACUAAGUCCUGAUUUUGAUCUUGAACGAUUUCCGUUCUUACAAAUGGUGUUUCAUAAAUCUGAUGAUCAGGCUAAGAACCCGAAAAUCCCAUGGUGGAUCAGGAAGACGGCUUUUGUGUCACCAGUUUAUGAAAGGUCGCGCGUGUUGUUGUCUUGGUUUGCAGGUGAGGAGGCACUUGAGCUAGAGGCACUUGCGGACGAAGUGAUUCUUGAUAAGGUUUCCUCAACAAUUUCUAGCUUUUUGUCACAUAAAAAACAGAAUGGAGAAAUAAAUAAGAUGAAAAAUGCAUCGUCGGUGAAAUUUGAAAAGGUUUUGAAAAGUGGGUGGGCGAGUGAUCCCCUGUUUAGGGGAUCAUAUAGCUAUAUAGCGGUGGGAUCAAGUAUCGGGGACAUAGAUUCACUGUCCGAGCCAUUACCAAACACAAAAGUAGUUGUCGACACAACAGCAAUUGGUGGUUCACAACAACCACUACUUCUACAGAUUCUUUUUGCAGGAGAAGCCACACAUAGGUCUCAUUACUCCACAACUCAUGGGGCUUAUUUCAGUGGUCUUAGAGAAGCCAACAGGCUUCUUCAACACUAUCAUUGGAUUGAUGUAUGAGCUAGAUAUGAUCGAGGUGGUAUAUUAUAUAUAUUAUGCAUGCUUAAUUGCUUGUUUGGCCGGA